AUGAUCAGUAAGGAGACGAUCAAAGCAACGCUUCUGAGGCUGUGGAAACUUUAUGGAACAAUGGUUUUCAAAGUCCUUGGUGAAAACCUGUUUUUGAUUGAGUUCUUUGAUAUGCGAGAUAAGGAGAGAGUAAUGAGUGGGAGGCCAUGGGUUUACGAAGGAAAUCUUUUUCUGGUGGAAGACUUUGACGGUACUACAUCUCCCUCUAGUUACACUUUUGAGAAGGCAGCCUUUUGGGUGAGAAUGAAAAAUUUGCCAUUGGGUUGCAUGGGGAAAGCGAUUGGACGUAGGAUUGGGGACACCGUUGGAGUGGUCGAGAUCGUGGACACUGACGAAAAGGGGAUAGGUUGGGGCGAAUUCCUACGAGUUAAGAUCCUUCUUGACUUAAGAAAGCCACUUCCUAGAGGCAGGAAAAUCAACGUCAAUGGGGCAUCGGUUUGGAUCCCUUUCCAAUAUGAACGGUUGCCGAAGUUUUGCUAUACCUGUGGAAUCAUCUGUCAUGGCAUUAUGGGAUGUACACGAAGAAGUAAUCUACGACAUAAGGAGAAACCUGAUUAUGGACAAUGGUUACGUGCAGAGUCCCCUACACGAAGAGGGGAAAAACAUGUGAAGGAUACACGGUGGGAAAGGGGAACAAGAGCAGGCGAUGAAACCAAAGGCGGCGGAGCAUCGGAGGCGAUGAGAGGUGAAGCUGACGUGUCAUCGGCAGCUGGAAACCCUAAAUCUCAAAAUAGAAAUGUAGGGGACAAUGGCGUCAAUCAAGGCGGUCAGGGCGAAUUUGUAUUUGGGAAAGGAAAGGAGACAUUUAUACCAGCGGAUAAGACGCUGGGUGGAUCGCCUGGAUGUGGGCAAGCAUCGUCUGAGACGCGGGUGGAUCAAAACUUUAUGGGCCUGGGUGGAAUACCCAGAAGCCCAAUCAAGCUGAACCGGUACUCUGGUCCACUGUUUUCUGACGUGGAAAAAACCUUGCUCGACGAACAACUGGGAGGAAAGGAUAGUGUGGCUGCGGGACUGAAUACUGAAGAACAGAAAAUUGUGUCUUGGAAGCGUAAAGCUGAUGGGGAUCCUGAUUCAAAUGCUGGAAAGCGUCGGCCUCAGGGGCAAAAUAAGAAACGGGAAACCCAUGGGGAGGCCCAGGAGGGUGGUGGUGCUAAAAAAUCUAUUCAUGGUUCGGGAUUGGCGGUGGUUGCUGAGCAACCCCGCCUUCCGCAAUGA